CUGUUUUGAUAGUAUAACUGAUUAACUUUUGAUGACGGUCGGUUUUAUACCACGCCGUUUUGCACUUCAGCCAUUCCGGUCAAUUCCCCGUAUUACUUUUGUGCCGGUGCAUUUUGGUCGCUUCGUUUCAAUAAAACAUGUUACCCUGGCUCAGACUUCGCCGUCCUCGCAUUGUAGGACUCAAUGAUGUUAACCCAGAAACGGAGCAAGCACAUGAAAGCUGGGAGACCCCGGAGUCGCAGUCCGAAUCCCAAGACCGGAAAGGAGAGGAAGAAUAUUAUCCCAGCAUAAAUGAUGUGCUGUGCGUACGGGAGUUCUUGUUUCAUUUUCAACUGAGGAAAGUGUGCCAACAUGAGGGAGAAGAGCACAAAGGCAAGGGUGAUGUUGCAACCCCAGGCCAUACUGAACGCCUCCCAGUCGAGAUCAUUGAUAUGAUUCUCGAUCACGCGGAGUACUGGCCUUCAAUUGAGACGAAGAUAGAGGGAAAAAGGGUAAUCAGGCAGGACCAAGACGCAGAAAUUUUGAGAACGGGAGGACUGUGCUACGCGUCCUCCAGCCCCGCCAUCAAACCCCGCAUUCUCCCGCAUCGCACAGUCCACCCCUGCCGUAAAAUAGUGUUCACCCUGACCGCGCACGACCAAGGCUGGGGCGGAAGCCAUGGCACCCGAUCCGCCUAUGAAGGCUCCUACAGUUGGUUCGAUGCAUAUCGAAUCCCUGCCUUCCACCCACUCUCUGAUGAUAAUCAACAUCAGCCUGCAGACCUCGUAGCUCAAUACCAACAAUAUUACGAGAAACAGCGGCCCCGCUUCGAAAUAUCGGCAAAUUUCUUGCCUUCAAAGGAAACGUUGUGCUGCAAUAAGGUGGCCGUCCGUCAGGCCCAAACCCGUCGUAUCUCCUGGCAUUAUCGCGAUGCUCUGGAUCCUAAUUCCGAUGAGGCAAAGGAGAUUGGCGCGAAGGAGGGUCGAGGCCCGGGAACGACUAGUGGGCAAAUGGUAAGAGCAAUGGAGAUUGGCGACGAACUAUCCGUAUGGGCGAGGGCGAGAUUCCCAGGUUGGAUGAAUCAUGUCGAUGGAAUGAGCGUGCGAGUAUUCUGGGCCGUUUAA